CUCGAGACGGUCAGCAGCAGCAGCAGCAGCAGCACCAACACCAACACCAACACCAAACGAGUGAAAUCAACCGUGCGCUUUCGUGCUUGACUACAGUACACCCACCACACAACAACACCUAGGUCCAAUCCAGCCAAAAAUGGCCGGAACAUGCUCCAUGCUCUGCCUCAUCCUCAUCACCAUCUUCAUCCCCCCCCUCGGCGUCUUCCUGAUCUCCGGCUGCAGCGCCGAUUUCUUCAUUAACCUGUUGCUCACGCUUCUGGGCUACCUACCCGGCCACAUCCACGCCUUCUACCUGGAGUACGUCUACUACCGGAAUUCCGAUGCGGUGGCGCCGCGCCGCGCGCCGGGGGUGUAUUCGGAGCGGAUUCAGCGGGGGGCGCAUCACCACCACCAUCAGCAGCAGCAGCAGCAGCAGCAGGCGGGGUAUGGGACGAUUUAA